AUGUUUGGCAAGGCGGCGGUGCUGGUGACGGCGGCGGCGGCGGCGGCGGCACCAACAGCAGCGGCGGCUAGCAGGGGGAGGAAGGCCGCAGCCCCCGCGGAGCUGGCCCAGGCGCGGGCUGCCCCAGUGCGUCUGGAUGGGCAGCUGGGCUGCGGCGCCAUGGAGCCCGCGCUGAGUUGCAAGAGAAGCCCCAGCCUACGCUUGGCCGACCUGGCUGCCUUGCACGUUGGCGGCGGCGGCGGCGGCGGCAGCGCCACCAGCGGUGGCGGCUUCCACCACUUGCACUCGGGGGACGUGGGCUCCUCGGACCCGGCUGCUGCUGCCCCCUUCGGGCCCGAGCACGUGGCGGCGGCGGCGGGGGCGCUCAAGCUCAGCCCGGCCGGCCCCGAAGCAACUUUCGCCGCCGCCGCCGCCUCCGCCGCGCAGCCGGCCGGCAUCGGAGCUGGCGCCAACGGCGCGGCGCCCGCCUCUGCCAGCCAUCCCUACGCGGCGGCGGGAAGGGAGCUGGCGCUGAGGCGGGAACAUGGCGCGCGGGCCGAGCAGCACCCGGCGGCCGCCAGCUCGCCCAUGUUUAUCUCCUCGGCGGGCACCUACGGCGCCGGGGGAGACCCGCACGCCGCCGUCUUUCCAGGGCUGCACGAGCACCCCGCGGGGCCCCCCGGCGGCCACCACCCGCUGAACGGGCAGAUGCGCCUGGGGCUGGCCGUGGCGGCCGCCGCCGCCGCCGCCGAGUUUUACGGCCGCGUCGAGCCCUUCCGCCCUUCGUCUGCGGCCGCCGCCGCCUCCGAAGCGUCCUACGGCCCCGCGCCGCACGGCUACCCGCACGCGCCCCAUCACCACCACCACCACCACCACCACCACCACGCGGGCGCCGCCGCCGCCGCCUUCCUGCGCUACAUGCGGCAGCCCAUCAAGCAGGAGCUCAUCUGCAAGUGGAUCGAGGCCGAGGCGCCGGGCGGCGCGCCGCCCUGCUCCAAGACGUACAGCACCAUGCACGAGCUGGUCAACCACGUCACGGUGGAGCACGUCGGGGGGCCCGAGCAGAGCAGCCACGUGUGCUUCUGGGAGGAGUGUCCCCGGCAAGGGAAGCCCUUCAAGGCCAAGUACAAGCUCAUCAACCACAUCCGCGUGCACACGGGCGAGAAGCCCUUCCCCUGCCCGUUCCCGGGGUGCGGCAAGGUCUUCGCCCGGUCGGAGAACCUCAAGAUCCACAAGCGAACUCAUACAGGGGAGAAGCCUUUUAAAUGUGAGUUUGAUGGCUGUGACAGGAAGUUUGCCAAUAGCAGUGACAGAAAGAAACACUCUCACGUGCACACAAGUGACAAGCCAUAUUUCUGCAAAGUCAGAGGCUGUGAUAAGUCCUACACACACCCAAGCUCUCUGCGCAAACACAUGAAGAUCCACUGCAAAUCCCCACCGCCUUCUCCUACCCCAGGAUCCCAUGGCUACCAGACCACUGGGACACCUUUGGGUGCCCCACUGUCCCCUCUCCAGGACUCAGGCAGGGGACGCUCGGCCAACAUUUCUCCUCAGGUCACAAAUCUCAACGAAUGGUAUGUCUGCCAGGCCAGUGGGGCAUCCAACCAUCUCCAUACACCAUCUAGUAAUGCCACAUCUUCCGAGGAGGAAGAGGAGGAAGAGGAAGAGACUUAUAGGAACUCUGAGACAAGAACUAUUCAUUAG